UGUUAAUAAUUCUGAUUGGCUUAAUAUUUUUAAUUAACGAUCGUAAUUUUUAUUUCGUAAUAGGUUUUGUAUGUUUCCUUGCCUUCAUAGGUAUCGCGGAACAGAAUAGUAGACCAUUGUAGAAUCUGCUAACAAAAACUUUGUAUGCUUUGAAAUGUUAGGACCGUCUAAAACAUUCCAAACUUGUGCAUGUUUCGUGUCCUUAACUCAAUGUGAAUGACGUCACAUUGUAGCACGGAAAAUAUCCUGUCUGCAAUCAUGUCCGAUGUCCGAAUCCACUUAUUAAUAAAGUAUUCACCAAAGCGCAAAAUAUUUUUUUUUUUAAUUUUUUAUUUAUUGUUUCCAUGCAUUGUAAAUGAGUUCUCAGCUAAGCUUUGAAUAUUCAUUUAACUUGUAAAAGUUGGGGGAGAUCAAUAAUAUGAAUUUAUUCCAUAAGCCAAAAGUAAAUUGUAAUAAAUUAAUUCCAACCACACAGCAAAAAUGUAUGUGUGUUUUCAGCCUUUGAAAAGCACUGAUAAGCACUGAGCAUUUAUUUGUCUUAGUUUUCUUGGCUUCUUACCACAAUAUCUGUUAUUUUCUGUUUAUUAUUUUUUGAAACUGUAACUGGAAACAGCAAUUAUCACAAGUGUUCUUCUAUGCUGCCAAAGGACUCGGAUUGGGAAACAUAGUUCGAGAAGAGGGAUGUAUUGGGACCAGGGAGAUCUGGACUAUUGCACACACAUUACCCAUGUUGUCAGAGGGUCACGUGGACCAAUCAGCAAUCAGUGUCCAUGGGACACAAUCGAGGACAACACAAUUGUAGACUGACCUUUACCGGACGAGUUUAUUUUUUGUAUAAAUGAAACCUUAACAUUUGGUUAGCUGGGUCAUUUAAGACGGUAACACUGCAGACUGGGUAAGGAAUAGGUGCCUUAUACCAAGGAACCAUUCCAGUGUUUGCCUGGACUGAUUUUGGGAAACCAUGAAAAAAAAAUCAGGAUUUCAGGACUGGGAUUGAAACCUAAGUCUUCUGGAUUGUGAGUUUAGCGUGCCGGAGACGUGCCCUCAGUGCGGCGGCCAGGUGGACUCCUCCCGGCCGCGCCUCGUGGUCGACAGCUGUGGCCACAGGAAGUGCCGUAUGUGCUUGAUCCUGGACGAGCUGGGCUGCUCCCUCUGUAGCGACUCACGCGAGGCGACAGCUCGCCUAGACUUUGAGCACAAGACAAAGAGCCCCGCAGCGGUCGAUGCACUACCGGUCGUGAAAGAGGAACCUGGCGACGGCUCCUUCGCUCUCAGUUCCGUCAUCAAGUUCCGCGAGGUGGACGCCGGCCACUUGGCAGACGACGCCAGUGCCGACCGCGAUCCUGGGGCGAGCCCUGACCGCAGUGCUGCCCGGAAGGAGCCCCUGUCCGGCUCGGGGAGUGUCGGCGAGGGCCGAGACCAUGCCGGGCAGGUGUCGCCCCAGAGGCAGCUCGGCGACCAGUGCGAAGACUACUUCUCUGGCAUAGAUACCAACCCUGAGUACGGAGCGACAGACACACUAGAUGCAGUGCUACUGACCCAGGACUCGCCCAUCGCCCACAGAAACAAGCCCCCCGACAAGACACAGCUGCGCAAGAAUAAACCACCGGUGAAACUCGCACAGCACAUAAAGGUUUUACCAGACUUCGAGCACAAGACAAAGAGCCCCGCAGCGGUCGAUGCACUGCCGGUCGUGAAAGAGGAACCUGGCGACGGCUCCUUCGCUCUCAGUUCCGUCAUCAAGUUCCGCGAGGUGGACGCCGGCCACUUGGCAGACGACGCCAGUGCCGACCGCGAUCCUGGGGCGAGCCCCGACCGCAGUGCUGCCCGGAAGGAGCCCCUGUCCGGCUCGGGGAGUGUCGGCGAGGGCCGAGACCACGCCGGGCAGGUGUCGCCCCAGAGGCAGCUCGGCGACCAGUGCGAAGACUACUUCUCUGGCAUAGAUACCAACCCUGAGUACGGAGCAACAGACACGCUAGAUGCAGUGCUACUGACCCAGGACUCGCCCAUCGCCCACAGAAACAAGCCCCCCGACAAGACACAGCUGCGCAAGAAUAAACCACCGGUGAAACUCGCACAGCACAUAAAGGUUUUACCAGGAACACCUGUCAAGUAUUUUUGCACCAUCUGCCGCAAAACCGUGCUGAGCAGACAGCAGAGGAAUUACCACAGUUUUUGCAGCGGGGACAAGACCAAGCCGUACCACUGCAUGCUGUGUAGCAAAGCUUUUGUGACGAAGUACCAUUACGAGUACCACAUCCGGACACACGCAGGGGUUCGACCAUUUUCUUGCGAAAUAUGCAGUAAAGGCUUUUACGAAAAGGUAAAAAUGAUUCGACAUAUGAUGUCUCACACAGGAGAGCGUCCCUUUGAAUGCAAGGAGUGUGGCAAGAGGUUUGUGGAGGACUGCCACCUCAGGUACCACCUGAACACACACUCCAAGGAGAGGACGUACCUGUGCUCGUUCUGUGGCAAGCAGUUCUCGCUGGCGCUGAACCUCAAGAGGCACGAACUCGGGCAUGAGAACAGGCAAGUGAUGUGCGAGCUGUGUGGCAAGGUGUUCACCAACAACUAUGCCCUCAUCAUGCACAGGAAGAUACACGCUCGAGUGCGGUCCCACAAGUGCCCCGUGUGCGGCCGGACCUUCAUGUACCGCAAGGACCUGACACGGCACCACAACAUCCACACUUGUACUCGGCGUUACAAAUGCUCUGAAUGCGAAGUGGCGUUCGGUCGGAAGGAUGCGCUUGUUAGACACAUUAAAGGCAUCCACAAUGAUGGUGGGCGAAAUAAACAGCCAAGCAAGACUGUUGAAGCAGAAGAUGGGACAGCCGUGCUUGGACCAGACAGUGCAAAGGAUAAAGAAAGUGAGGAAUGUAAGAAAGAGGUAGAGAACAGUGAUGUGACUGUAAAUGUUAUGUCUCCUCCUCAUCACCCAAAAUCCCUGGAAGAACUCCUUGACCGGCCAAGCUACGCCUUCGAGUGGGACGGUGAAUUCAGCAAUGAGCUGAAGCUGCCCAAGUCUGGCAGGGUGAAAGGCUCGAAGAACCAUACAACUGCAAAGGAGUCGGAGAGAGAGGAGAAGAAAAAGCUAAAGCCACCUCGGUCCAGAGAAUCUCAGCCCAUCUUCCGGCAGAUCAUUUACUCCAACUUUCAGGUCAAUGGGAAUUUCAAACAGAUUCCCGUGUUGUUGACGCAAGACAAGACAGUUCGUUGUAAAGAGGUUUCCGUUAUAAAUAGACCUGUCACUAAUACCGAAACACCUGUUGAGAAAAGUUCCGUCUUGCAACCAACUACACAUUCCACAAUAUCGCAGUGCAUCAUUCAUCACACGAGUGCCUUGUCGACGGUCGCGACGACGAUGAUGCCAACCCUAUCAACGACCACCCUCUCUGCAGCGAUCCCAGCCCCGGGUACUGCGGGCAACAGCGUUCAACACUCGGCCGUUCCUUCGCCGAAGCGCCGUCCCUGCGGUGAGAGGAGCGCCGCCAGGCCGGCCACCGUUGUACCGGAGAAUUGCAUUCGCACCAUCACGAGGCUGCCGGAAGGCCUGCUGAGGCCCCUGGUGCCCGCGACCGGCGACAGCGCUCGAGAAGGUGCCCUGUCGGGCAGUAACGUGAUACAAGUCUGCGGACAACCAGCACUCUCCAAAUCACUCCACGAUGUGCACUGGAAGAAACGGUCUGUCGAAAUAGCCAUGAAACAAACGCAAUGACUUGUGAGUGCAGUUCUGUCGUGGAAAGCUCUUGGAGUGAUUAGGCCAGAGUCCGUCACUGUAUGAUCGUGGUUUAUGAAUGCCGUAUCGUUGUAUUCAUGUGCCCAAAAAUUACUCGGCAGCUGUGCUGUUAUUACUGGCAAGGUUUAACGGCUUAUUGCGAGUGAUCCGUACGUAUAAAUCUUCUGCAAGAAGUCUCCAUGGGUUGCAACUUGCAAGUUAUUGGUGGUCCCAAAGAUCAUUGAGCCGUUGGGUAUGUUUUCGGAUGAUCUCACUCUUCUGUUCAAAGGCUGAAGAAGACGUGACUUAAAAGAUUAAGGUUGGCUCCGAACCACUUGUGCUUUGACUUGGCGCCUUGGCGCUCACUAAGAUCGAGCUCACAACCCUCGCCAUGUUGAUGGCCUGCGAGAGAUGCAGACAGAGAUGAAAGGAAUCAUGAAUGUUAAAGUUGAAUACUCAUAUUUACGCUGGAUUAGAAAAAUUUAUGUUUUGUCAGAUUUAAUUACGCUGGAAUGCAAGUUUUAUUUGCAGUAUUAUGAAACUGUUUCAAAAUUCUGCUGAAAACUUGGCUUUCAACCCUGUUAACUACUGAAGUGAAAUGGCAGAAACGUUAUCCAGUAUUAAUUUGGACAGCUCUGUGUUUGUAUUUCCUGACAGUGUGUUCAAUCCUGACGAAGGUGUUCGUGCACGCAUUUCAUGGUGUGCAUUAUCUAAUUUGUUCUUUUAAUAGUUCAGAGUAUAAUCAAUAUUAAUUCCUCAAUUUUGGAUCAGUUUGACUUCUGGGGGUUCUAAACACCCCAAAAUAAUGCUAUACUUAAGGAUCUAGUUCAAGACAAUCAGAUGAACAUGUUUAAUUCACCACCAAAGAAGUCAGUAACUGGAACUAUGGAAACUAUAGGAAGUUAUGAGCUGUCCAAAACAGAAGUUUUAAAAUCGGAAGUGCAUAAAAUGGAUGAGUGAAUUAAAACUGUUGAAUCGUUUUGUACCAAUUUCGAUGAUCUUAAGAGUGAGAACUUGGUUUUAAAGACGUUACUAAUUGAUUCACAUGCUAAAACCACGAAACGACGAUCAAACAGGAACUUCUCCACUCAAAGCAAAGUGGUGCAUUAAACAGUCAUAUAUUAAAGAAACCCUUGAGUGUGAAGAAGGCUGUUAGGUUGGAAACACCCAGUGGUGAUGGUAAUGAUACCUUUGUCUCGUAACCUACUUUCAACUCAGCGCAAAAAGCACAACGUCUCGACCGACUUUAUUACCACCCAGCAUGUUGAUAACAAUGAUGGCUUCACUGUGGUGCAACACGCACAGAAGCAUAGAACCAAUAUCAACUCUGAAGCCAAAAAAGAUUAUGAAUGCAAGAAAACACCAAUGCAAAUGGGCAUACAUAAUUUCCCUACUCUUAAAACUCUAAGUAAACCUGUUCAGAAAAACACAAAAGCUCUGUUCGUUGCAAGAUUUGAUCCUUCUGUUCAAGAUCAUGAGAUUUUAUCAUGAGAGUAUGUUUCCAAUGAACUCAAUUUGUCGCAUGUAAAAGUAGUGAAACUCGGUACCAAAUUUUUCCAUAUUUCAGUUGUCUGAAGAUUUUAACAGAAUAUACAACAUUGUGCAGGAAGCUUCAAUCAGAUCAAAUUAUCAGCAACGAUUAAUCUCUUGCUUAUGUCGUAAACACAGCUAGAGCAAGUUCCAAACCCCUACCAGCCAAUGACCUUGCUGCGAUCCUAGUGCCUGGAAGAGCCUCUUAAAUAACUCCUGUGCAGUUGGACUUUUGUAAGUGGGUAAUAUAUUAGCAAACCGUUAGAGGAUUAUGAACCAAAGUUACUGAAUUCUCAGAAUAUUAACCACUUAUUGAUCAUGAUAUAAUAUGUCUUACAGAAACAUGGUUUUGUAACAAUAUCAUCACCUCUCAUUACCGUAUUUACUCGUGUAUAGCGCGCCCUCGUGUAUAGCGCGCACCACGAUUUUUGCAACUAAUUCCAAAGAAAAAAAAAAUUGAAAUUUUUUUUUCCCCCAUAAAUAAAUUUUACUAACAUUUUGUGGUACCUGAUUAUUUAAAUUGAUGUGUGGUGAUGCGUCAGGAAAAUACAUAAACUCUGCUGUCUAAACGGAAGAUAAUGAAGCGCUAUAUCGUCACAACUGGUACGUGGAAGGAAGGAAGGGAGGGAGGCGUGCCGCGCUACGUUGCUAAGCUGGCGCGGAGAACUUGAUGACUCACCGGUGAGGAAUGGAGGAAGCGAAGAAGUUGCCGGGGGGGGGGGGGGGGGGGAACUGGUGACAACAUUCUCUCUUUCUCUCUCUCUCUUUUUACUAGCUUCUGAGCUGGCUUUCUGUAAAGGGGGGAGGUCUAAAAAUAAACAAGAGACCAUGAUGUGCGAGCUUGCGCGCGCGCGCGUGUGUGUGUGUGUGUGUGUGUGUGAAACAGAGGCCUUGUUGCUUGUGCGUAUGUGUGGGGGCUGGCCAGAAACGUCACCCGUCACCCGUCACCCGUCACCCGUCACCCGGCAGUUAACGACUUCCACUCCUCCUCCCCGCCUCACCCCCCCAAAAAUUUUUUUUCCCGUGUAUAGCGCGCAUCCUUAUUUUUUUCCUUUACUUGAGGGGAAAAAAGGGCGCGCUAUACACGAGUAUAUACGGUAUUUUAAUGAUUAUUAUUAUAUUUUUAGAACGGAAAAGAGACCCCUUACAAACCUUGAUGGAAAGAGGAGGCGGUGUUGUGAUAGCAGUUAAUAAUCAUAAAUUUUAAAAAUGUAAUACUGACUCCUGAUUUUGAUCACCCUCAAAUAGAAACUGUCUGGAUAAAAUUAAAAACCUGUCAACCAAAACUUUAAUCCUUGGUAACAUUUAUAUUCUCACACAAACAACUCUUUCAACAUAUGCAACUUAUUUUGAAGAUUUAGAAGACAAGUUUGCGAAAACCUAAGACAGUCUCCUAGUGACUGGUGAUAGAAUGCCAGGUGUCAACUGGACACAUGUAUACACUAAAUAUGUUACAAUCUAGUAUUACAUCUGAAGCCUGGGUCUUAAUUAACUUUGUAUCAGUAAUGGGUUUAUCUCAAUUGAAUUACUCAACCUUCCAAUCACCUGCUGGAUUUAUGUUAAUCUCAAACUCUGAUUUGCUGGAUUCCCAAGUUAAAAAAGUCUUACCUUAUCCUGCCAUUGUGGUCAACAUUAAACUCUACAUAGUGUCAAGAAAUGAAAAUGUUGCUUCAUUAUAAGAUUGGGUUUAAUACUAUUUUUUGCACAUACACCAUUUCAGUUUUGCACUGUUUGUCGUAGAAAAUAUUCAAGAACGCAAAUUAAGAAAUAAAAAUGAAAACAUAAACCAGCAGACAACAAGUCUAAAUCAGCUGAUGUCAAACAGUUGAACCCAACGAUGAACCUGGAAAACAGGGGCCUCCUCAACUAGCACAGCCAAUGGCAGGUGAGGACUCUCCUGAUUGGCCGCGCACCUAGUCAAUGGCAGCUGUGGGCUCCCCUGAAUGGCCGUGCAACUAAGGGCUGAUAUUACGCUGUGAGGAUUGUUAGUUUGCGAAAGAUUUUUUUUGUUAAAUUGGUUUCUUUUUUAAUUGAAGGUAUCCAAAUAUUUUUUAAUUCAAUACUUUGUUGACUGAUUAUAUUGUAAUUUCUGACAAUAAAUGCUGAGUCCUACAGUUUUCUUUAAA